CGUGUGACACCGUUGUUUUGGGGUUUAACGUUCAUGACCCUGACCUCUGACGCUGAUGAUUGACACCCCCCCCCCUCUCCCCCCAGCAGCCAUGCUGAAGCCGGGCGAGCCCAGCGGCUCGGCCUUCCUGAAGGUGGACCCGUCCUACCUGCAGCACUGGCAGCAGCUCUUCCCUCAGGCGCAGCUGAAGGCUCCUCUGGCGCCUCCUCCACCUCCACCCGACCGCCUCUCCAUCCCCAUGGACGGCCUGCGCCCGUCCCGCCUGCACAGCCACCUCCUGGCCUCCGCGCACUGCACCUCCUCUUCCUCCACCUCUUCGGCUUCGUCCUCCUCAGCUGCGGCAGCUCUCACCCCGUCUUCCUCCUCCAUCUCCAUCUCCACCUCGGCAGGGAUCUCGCAGCUGCCCGUCCCCCAGCAGAUCGCCCUCUUUGGGCAGGCGCUGGCCCCCAUGUGCGCGGGCGCAGGAGGAGGAGGAGGAGGAGGAGGAGGAGGAGGAGGAGGAGACGAUGGUGGGAAACCGACCAGGUUCAAGCUGACGUCUGAGGAGCUGGACUACUACCUGUACGGACAGCAGAGGAUGGAGAUCAUCCCCCUUAGCAACCAGACGGGAGAGCUCAACAACCGUUGCGACAUGUGUGCGGACAACAGGAACGGCGAGUGUCCGAUGCACGGCCCUCUGCACUCGCUGCGGCGCCUCGUGGGAACCAGCAGCGCGCCGACGCCCGUCACGCUGCCGGACGUCCCUGAUUGGCUCAGAGAUCUGCCCAGAGAGGUGUGUCUCUGCACCAGCACGGUCCCUGGACUGGGUUACGGGAUCUGUGCGUCCCAGAGGAUCCCCCAGGGAACCUGGAUCGGCCCGUUUCAGGGAUCCUCUCUGCUGCUGGACAAACUGCACGCUGGAGCCGUCAGAAACAGCAGACACCUGUGGGAGAUCUACGACGCGGAGGGCUCUCUGCAGCACUUCAUAGACGGCAACGACCCCGCCAAGUCCAGCUGGAUGAGGUACAUCCGCUGCGCCCGCCACUGCGGGGAGCAGAACAUGAUGGUGGUGCAGUACAGGUCCUGCAUCUUCUACAGAGCGUGCAUGGACAUCCCCCGAGGCACCGAGCUGCUGGUCUGGUACAACGACUCCUACACCUCCUUCUUCGGCAUCCCGCUGCAGUGCGUCGCCCAGGACGAGAACUUAAAUGUCCCAAACACAGUAGUGGAAGCGAUGACCCGGCAAGAGUCCCUUCAGUCUUUCAGCAAGAAUGGAAAACCCUCUUCCUCCUCCUCGUCCACCUCCGCCACCACCCUCAUGCGCUCCAUGGUCUUCCCACACUCCCCCUGCCCGAGGAACUUCUCCCUCUUGGACAAGGUGGGGAUCGGGGUUCAGUCGGACGUCAGUUACGGCCAGUUGGGGUCGAAGAACCAGCGUGUUCUGGCGAGCCCGACCUCCACCAGCCAGCUUAGCAGUGACUUCAGCGACUGGCACCUGUGGAAGUGUGGCCAGUGCUUCAAGACCUUCACCCAGAGGAUCUUGCUGCAGAUGCACGUCUGUCCGCAGAAUCCAGACAGACCGUACCAGUGUGGCCACUGCUCCCAGUCCUUCUCCCAGCCCUCGGACCUGAGGAACCACGUGGUCACGCACUCCAGCGACCGGCCCUUCAAGUGCGGUUACUGCGGCCGGGCCUUCGCCGGCGCCACCACGCUCAACAACCACAUCCGCACGCACACCGGGGAGAAGCCCUUCAAGUGCGAGCGCUGCGACCGCAGCUUCACACAGGCCACUCAGCUCAGCCGCCACCAGCGACUCCCCAACGAGUGUAAACCCGUGAACGAGAGCAGCGAGUCCAUCGAGGUGGACUAACCCCUCCCCCCCGACCCCCCCGACCUACCGACUGACACCUCGAGGCGGCUACAUUGUGACGCUUCAUUUUUUCUU